GCGUCACCGGGCCUGCCGCCAUUUUGCAUGCCACCAUUCUUUUCUUAUUGUGUCCCCGUUUUGCGUUGUAAAAUUGCGUGCGUGAACCGGGUGAAUUUUUAGAUACAUACAUAUAUAAUUCGCUUAAUUAGCGCACAAGAAAUUUUACAUCUUUAAGAUAUCAGCUAAAGUGGUAUUAUUUCUGUUUUCCAGAAUGCAAAUGCAAGCUAUGAAUCAAUACAAUAGAGGUUUUGGCGGACCGCCGCAACCUCAAAGGCAAGGUGGUCGACGCGGUAAUAAUCGUGGAGGUUUCCGUGGAAAUUCUAGAUUUGAACACAACCAGAACCAGAGGAAUCAAAAUCAGGGUCAAGGAGGUCAACGACCUAAUAAUGAGAUCAAACAGAAUCAACCUGCUGCAAAGCCCCAGCAGCAACAAGGUCAACAACAAAACCAGCAACAGCCCCAGCAACAGAAACCGGCAGCCCAACAACAACAGACUAAGCCUCAACAACAAAACCAACCACAGAAGCCGGAGACUCCCACUCAGAAACCGUCACCACAGCAACAGAAAACAACUCCGCCUCAACAGCAACAAGCCAAGCCUGCUCAGAAUGCAACGGAGUCCCAGGACAAGGUUGACAGAGCUGCUCCAGAGACAAAGAAUCAGAAUCAAAACCAAAAUCAAGGCAACCAGAACCAACAGCAAAGGAACAUGAAUGGGAGCUUUGGAGGUCCCAAUAAGCAAGGAGGCUGGAACCAAGGUGGGCCCGGUAACAAACCUGGCGGAAACUUCAACCAAGGCCCGGGUGGUCCAGGCAACAAACAGGGUGGUAACUUUAACCAGGGUGGUCCCGGGAACAAGCCCGGUGGUAACAACUUUAACCAAGGUCAAGGUGGCCCUGGUAAUAAACCUGGUGGCAACAACAUCAACCAAGGCAACAGGCCUUUUGGACCGAAGCAAGGUGGCGGUCCAGGCGGACCAGGUGGUCCACCGCGCAACCAACAGCAACAGAGAGGUGGACGAGGACCUAUGCAUGGCAAUUUGGAUGGCCUGAAACCUGCGCAGAGAGAAGAAGUAAUGCUAGCAAAUAAGCUGAAGGAUUUAGUGGGGCCACUGCUGGACUUGCCCCCAAUUGAUCAGACCGAAGUGAAAUUUAAUGGCAGGAGCCGUCUGUACAUCGGGAACCUUACCAAUGAUGUGACCGAAGAAGAAAUCCUGGCAUUGUUUGCUCCCUUUGGUGAGACAUCGGAGUUGUUCCUCAACAAAGAGAAGAAUUUUGGAUUUAUUAAAAUGGAUUUUAGAGUAAGCGCAGAAAAAGCAAAGCGUGAGCUUGACGGCCAGAUGAGAAACGGUAGAACAUUGAGAGUGAGAUUCGCCCCGCACAACAGCGCUAUCCGAGUCAAGAACCUACCUCCGUUUGUGUCUAACGAAUUGUUGUACCGAGCCUUUGAGAUAUUCGGGAAAAUUGAGAGAGCCUAUGUGAAGGUUGACGAUAGAGGAAAGACUCUUGGCGAAGGCGUUGUUGAAUACGCGCGAAAACCUAGCGCAUUGGCCGCCAUUAGGAAUUGCACGGAAAAAUGUUUCUUCCUAACUUCAUCCCUUCGUCCAGUUAUUGUCGAGAGCUUCGAGGAGCCUGAUGAGUUUGACGGUUACCCUGAGAAGAACUUGCCCAAGAAGCAUCCGGAGUUCCUGAAGGCCCGUGAGCUUGGCCCACGGUUCUCGGAGUUGAGCAGUUUCGAGCACGAGUACGGCACCAGAUGGAAGCAGCUGCAUGAGCUGCACCGCCAGAAGGAAGAAACCCUCAAGAAGGAGCUCGCCGCGGAGGAGGAGAAACUCGAAGCUCAGAUGGAAUAUGCCAAAUACGAGCACGAGACGGAGCUGCUGCGCGAGCAGCUCCGGCAGCGCGAGCAGGACCGCGAGCGGCAGAAGCGCAGCUGGGAGCUGGCGUCGCGCGCGGCCGACGAGCGCCGCGACUGCGAGCGCGCGCAGCUGCUGCGGCAGGAGGAGGAGCUGGCCGCGCGCAUGCGGCUGCAGGACGACGAGCUGCGGCGGCGGCAGCAGGAGAACACGCUGUUUGUGCAGGCCCAGCGAUUGAACUCAAUGCUGGAUCGUCAAGAGCAGGGCAUGUUCGACCAACAGCAGCCAAUGGAUGGAGGCUUCAGAGAGCAGUUCGACAUGCCGCGUGGAGGCUUUGAUGACAUGCCGCAGGGCCGCGGUUGGGAUGGGCCGCGCCAAAUGGACGAUUUUCCUAACAAACGUCGUCGUUUCUAAACCACUAUCUUGUGAAGAGGAAUAGUGAAGUUCACUUAGGUGGCUCACUGACUUGAUCAGCGAAUGCAGUCGUUAGUUAGGGUUAAAUAUAGGGAGGAAUGUCUAUAUGAAAACGUGGAAACGCAUCUUAAAUCCGGAUAUCUUAAGUAUUUUAUUAUUGACCCAAAUUGUCAUUUCAUAUUUUAACCCCCAAUAUUUAACCUAACUGAGGACGUCAUUCUGGCGAAUAGCCGUUUAUAAAAAUAUAAUUUACAUUUCUAUCAAAUACGUAGGUUAAAUAUCGUAAGUUAUAUUUAUAGCUAAGAACAUUUUUUUUGCCCGCCAACGUGAUAAAACGGUGAAUGAAACCUUCGUUUUACACCAGUAUUAAAAAAAUACUUUUCAGCACUAAUACGAGUAUUGUAAAAAAAAAUUGCGUGAUCAUUUGAAACGUUUUUAUUCAAUGAAUUGUAAUCACGUUUCGUUUAAUAUCUCUCAUUUUUAAAUGUAGAAAUAGAUAUAGAAAUCUUGUAGAAGUCGUCACAAUAUGGUUAUAUUUGACGCUUCUUUCGUUUAAUAAUAACACGCGAUACUUUAUAAAAUGAAACUUGUGGUAAAGUACACUUCAGUUUUAAUUUCAUAGAUUAAUAGAUAUUUUUAAAUGCGGGAAAAAAAUAAUUCGUUGUUUGUCUAUUCCUUAAAAUGACAGAGCAGUGAAUAGGUUUACGUGAUGCCAGAAUUGAAUUUUUAAAAAUCGAAGAUUGUGUUUGAUGCUACGUGAAUGAAUGUGAACAUUAUUUAAUAUUUUAAAAAAUAAGUAUUUAGAUAAUAAAUGAGACUUUAUCAAGUAAAAUGUUUUUAAAUUUAUCAGAUACCUUUUAUUCAGAAGAAUUUCACGUUUUAUUUUGUCCGGAACUAAAGAAGUAAUGUAUAUUACAAUCAGUGAUAUCCGAAAAGAAAUCUCAGUAAUUGCAUUACAAAAUGAAGGUAAAUGCAAACAUCUUUUCAAUUUGAAUUAAAUUGAACAAAAUAUAACCCGGGUACAAUUCAGGUUCAUAAAAAUGGUAUGGUCAUUGGUUACUUUACCAAUAUAUAUUUUUUAAUUACUUAUAAUAUUAACCGUUGAAUGGUUCUAUUUUAUUUACUGCAUCAUAUGUAGUAAAAUAUAAACCUUCUCAAAAUGAAAGGUACUUAAAAGUCUUAAUGACAUUUUUCAUGUCUGUUUUACCUGCAUUUUCAGUCUGAAAAUUCAGAGACACAGGUUUGACAAUAUUAUAGAUUCAUCAUUGAGAUGUUGUGUUUCGUCGGAAUAUAUUAACAAUAUCGUGUUAGUACAUAUGAUCCUUGAGAUUAUGAGUAUUAUGGGACCGCUUUAUCUCUUCAUCAAUAAUUCCUUCAUUAAUAAAAUUAAAUUUGUGAAGUUAACGUUAAUAUGUUGGGUUGUUGAGCUUGGAAACCAAAAAAGGGUAAUGCAAUCAAGACUACGCUGUGACGAGAAGAGUGUGAUGGUAUUCUUUUAGUUCGUGUAAGUUAAAAAAUCAUAAUCAUACACUCAAGCAAGGAAGUGGUCAUUUCAUGGCGUGACCAUGACCAUUCUCAGAAUUAUCCCAAAAAAUAAUUUUAACCCCAAUAAUACAUACCAUGUUAUUUAGUCAACGGUCCAAAAGCCUUGCUCAAAAACACGUUUUAAAUUUUGGACAUUGUUGUCAUGAAGCAUCAUUAUUCUAUUCUAAUAUGUACUAUGAUUGCGAAAGCUACACUGUUAUUUUUUACGGUUAAACCGUAAAAUUGUUCACCAUAGUCGUGAAAUCAGGAACUUAAAAAUCUUAUAUUUUUUUGACGUUUUGUAUUUAUAACAAAACACGCGGACGAUCCCGCGGGCAAAAUACCUAACUAUUUAUUCUAAAAUUAUGGUGAGUACAAUGGUGAGAUAAGAAAAAAAAACAUCAUCAAAAAUUUGAUUAAUUAAUAUGAAUUGAUCAACAAAAAGUAGACUAACGAUAGAUUACUGCAUGUAACACAAUUAUACUAAUUUAUUACUCAUAUUUAUUUAGGCGACUCGGAACGGUCUUAGAUUUUUUUUAAUUGCCUCCAUAUGAUAUUCUGUGGCACUUUCAAUAUUAAUCAGAUCUAAGACCGUCGCCAAGAUGCAAAGUAGAUUCAUUUUCACCAACAAUUUGUUCAUAAUUAUUUUAAUACUAAUUAUUUCAAAAGCUCAAUUUGCUUGCUUUUAAAUAUUUUUUCUUUCAUAUAAUAUAUUAUUUUCAUUGCUUUUGACAUGCUUUCAUAUUGCAUGCCUUUAUUAUAUCAUCAACAUAAGCCAACGAGAAAGGACCUGUUGCUCAAGUUUUGUGAAUAUGUAUUACCAUAUAGCUUAUUUUGGAAAUAUUGAUUUAUCUGUUUAUCGUAUUUUUAUGAUUUCAAAGUAUUUUAAGUAAUUGGCCAUAAUUUGUUGCCGCUAUUAUCAAUCUGUUUCAUUAAUUUUUAUAGGUGCAAAGUUAGGUAGUAUACGUUGCUUUUUUUGUUUCGCUUUAGAUACUUUCUUUUUUAUUUUUGUUAAGUUAACAGUUCUGAUAAUGUCGACCGACUAUUAUAUCUAUACAUAAAUUUUUUUAUUUAUGUAUCUGUGGGUUACAAAUUUUCGGUCAACCUACGGUCGGUUUAUGCAACUCGGCGAUAUAACCAGAGUGAACAAACUAGACUUUUUAGUGUCCCCAAUGCAGGUGAAAUUAUUCGACCUAAAUUGUAGGACAAUUACCUGGGAAUCAGUUAGCCGGGGUGGACGACGGGUUAUAUUUUUACAAUUUUUUCAGCAUCUACUGGAAUUUGAUCAAAAACACUUAUUAGGAAUAAACCCUUCGCUUUAAAGCAAAAUUAAUUAUUUUAAGUCUUAUCUGAAAGCUCUAUAUUUAGUAAAAUCGUUCAGUGGUCAGUCACUUUUUCUUUUUUUGCAGAUGGGUACUAACUUAAACUUACCGUCACAUACCUAUCAGAUUCUUUAUUUGUAAAUACAACUAAUAAUAAUUCCUUGAUACUAUCAACUGAUAACAGUCUAAGCUACGAAAAUUGAUAGCUUUUUAAAUUGAUGAAAAUGCAUGUGUGGGGCGGGAAUUCCGAUAAAAAUUGUAAUUUUUUGACGAAUAUCGAUUAUAGCUUUAUGAAUAUUGUAACGUAUUUUUCCUGGGGGAGACUCAGGUACAACCAUAGAGGCUUCGACCUCUAUUUGCACAUAUCAUCUCUAUUACCAAAUAAGUAAGAAGACAUUUAUUUACGUUUCCAGCACACAUAAAAAAAAGUUCUAAUUUUUUUUGUAUUGUAAAAUUAUAUUAUUGAAUAAAUUGUAAAUACUUUUGUUUUAUAAGCUUUUCGAGGUUAACAAUUCCAUUACUUCUUUUUUAGUAAAUGUGGAUAAAUAAAUGUUUUCGUUAAAUCAUCAUUAUAAUUUUAUCAAUAGUGACGGCAACAGCAUUUAUGGAUCUUGUUUAUACUAACGAGGUUUACUGUGGCUGUUUCUACGUGUAAAACAUGUGUUAAGUGUGACCAAAACAAAACACGGCAACUAACUAAUUAAGGCUGAGCUGACUGUAAAACUGGUACAGGGCCGGCCUUGUCGAACUCUUAAGGACCAAAUUUCGAAUGUCUUAAAAAUGGGAGACGCAUGAAAAGAGAAAUGAGUGUGAAGGAAGCGGGAGAGGUCUGUAAGGAUCGUAGCAAGUGAAAAUCCUUAGUCUCUGUCUACCCAAAUGAGAGACAGGCGUGAUGGUAUGUAUGUAUGCAAAACUAAACACAUUUCGGGGUUAUUGGUUGCGACGUCUAAUUCGCUUUAGAUCCUAUAAGGAUGUACGAUACACAACACGUUACUUUAAAUUUACAUUGGGGAAAGCAUCGUGAGGAAACCUGCACAUUCAUGUAACGAUGUGUUACCAUGAUCAAAUUUGGGUAGGUUCCAAUGCAAAGGUUGCGGAGGUCAGACGGGAGUCGCUUCUUGUAAAAACCUUUCUUACCCAAAAUGAAAAGGCGUGUCCUGGGCUCCUCUCCAGAGAGGCGAGGACACGACCGGGACUAAAGCUAGGAGAAUUCAGAUAAUUUCUUUAUUUGCCAUGUGUUUUUGUUUUGGUCAUGUUUUCAUCAACACGAGGUUAAGAUGGUGACAAUGAUGGUAAGAUUUUUGUUCAGCAACACUUUAUUUUAAUGUAGCUAAGUUGCUAUAUUAAUUUUAAAAAAGUUAAAAGUAUUUAUUCAACGAACACCAUAACACAAAAAAUUAAACAAAAAUUAAAGUAGAAUUGUACAUUAUGUAGUAAGAUGGUGUCCCGGAAAGGGUGCCUCCUCAGUAUAAUGCUUAGUUAUACAAAGCAAUCUCGGAAAUUAUCCGGACUUAAUACGAGUAUACCUAUUAACAUUAUGAACAGCUUUUGUAUCAGUCGAGAUCCAAAGUUAAAGACUUGCCGACGAUAAAGGAGAUUAAAAAAAACAGUUUUGCAACGCUAAAUGUUAAAUAUUUUAUUUUUCAUCAUUAUUUGUAGAUUUAUUACAAUCUUGGGAGUCAUUCUAAUAAUCCACACGUUUUAAGGACAAAGCAUUGAAGCUGUCCGGUGUCUUUAAGAAUAAUUUUUCACAUGAUUUCUUUCUACAAUUAUGUAAAUGUAAAACCGACUGCACACUCCAGUAAUCAGAUCAAACGUGCCGCAAGGGUACGACUUUAUGCAAAAGCGGUUAUUGGUAAAAACUAGUGACUACUAGUUUUCACUACUUACUAGUUUAAACUAGUAGUCACUAGUUUUUACCAAUAACCGCUUUUACAAUUUACCCAAUUUGCGUCUGUAAAUUGGGACUCUCUUAGCGGGUAAAGUAUCUUCAAUGGUGUCUUUGGUAAGCGUAACGAAGCUACGAGUAUUAGUGAUAAGGCGUGCAUCAUACAUGCACCCUUUAUUAUGAAAAGGAGCUAUGACUCAAAAAUAUACGGGGCAAAUCUAUGCCAGUGAUUAUUGUAAUUACUUAAGUCCGAUUCCCCGAGUAAUAUGUUAUGCCGAGUGUUUGGCAGAGAAUAAAUUCUUAUUACUGCCAAGUUUCAUUGGGAAAUGGAAAAUCAAUUUCUAAGUUAGCUUUAUUCAUACAUUUAUAUUUUCUUUACUUUCUUUGUGUCAAAUUUACUUCAAAUUUCCAACGCUACGUAGCUGCUAUGCGUUGUCUUGUCUGUCAGUCAAUCAUUUAUAUUUACGUUUUUAAGUGACGUAAAAGUGACUAAACUGCCACAGAUAUGUCGAAAAUGAUAAUUUAUAUCGUAGAACCCAAAGCCGACAAAUGUGUAUGAAGAAAGGUCUGAAUGUGGAUGAAGCGAAAGAAUUAUGCAGGGAUCGUGACAAGUAGAAAGAUGUAGUCUCUGCCUUAACCUCUGGGAUAGAGGCGUGAUAUUAUGUAUGUACGUAUUUUAUAGUAGUAUCAAUUAGAAAUAGACUAUUCGUGUACAUAAAAAAGACAUGACAAACAGACAAUUUAUAUUUUAAAAUAGAUUUGACCUCCAUCUGCCUGGCGGUAAACAAGACGAGGCCUAAUUUUAAUGGAUCAUAUAUUUAAAGAAAGAAAGAGAGCGUAUUAUGUUCAGUGCUACCCUCAUGAAAUAAAAAUAUUCUUAAACGGCCGAGUGCUGUUUUAAAGAAUUUUUAUUUUUGAGGGCAGCACUGAAAAUGGUACUCUCUCGAAUUAUAUUUAUUGUACUAAAAUACUUGUAAGGGUUUGUCUGACCAUUACUAAAAUAUGUCUUAUUGGGGUUGUAAAUCCAACCCUCUCGGGCGAUUAAACUCUCGCUGCAACUCAAUUUCUUAAUGCAACGAAUCACAAGAUUAUAUGCCGUUUCUUAUUUAGUUUACAGAAAUGAUAUCGCAACAUUUUUGUUUUUAAGUUUCUGGUAACUAGCCUGAAAGAAAACAACUGAACCUAUAUUUUUUUAGAGCAUUGUCUUGUAAUGCAGUGUAGAUUUAUUUUGCUGAAAGCCAUAAACUUAUAACAUAUUUCCUAGUUUAACAGACUACAGUCCUCAUGUUGUCCAAAAAAUGUUUCAUUAUGCCAUUUGAUUUGUUCCUCAAUAUUACUAAUAUUACUCAGUUACUGUUAAAAUUCACACAAUUAAGUAGUCAUCAUUUAUGGGAUUUUACAUUACAUCAAGGACUCUAAAUCAUAAUUCAAGAAAUGACUACAAAAAUGCUUCCAACUUUCGACAGAGGAUAGUUUUUUUUUACAGGCAAAAAAGGAGAACGCCAUCUUUGUUGAACGAUCAACAGCAACUAAAUGAUUCCUGAUAUUCAUUUAUCGAUUUGUAGUCAACAAGUCAGGGAAAAAGGGGAGGGGAAGGGAUGUAGACAGAUCGAUGUGUGUGAACGCCUGAUUACUGUUUUGAAAAUCUAUAGCAAGUAAUUACACAUUGCAUAGUAUCGACAGUAAUGUAUGUAUUGGGUAGGGGGGGAAACCAGUCGUAAAUGGUAAACAGUACUUGUCCAGAGUAACAGGUGAAGUUAAGCCUUUAAUGGAUUCGUAAACCGACUUCUUAGACGGCCGCGGGUGGAAAUUGUCUGUUGAAGGAACUUGUUCUACUGGACUUCCAUCUUUGGUCAGUUCUCUUCGACCUCUAGCCCACCAGAUUUUUUACCUGGCCAUAUUGGCCGGACAAUCUUAUUCUUAUGAUAGUUCUAUAGAAUUAACAAGCUUUUAAAAUACUAUCACUUUGGGUAGCUUUAUCCUAUUUGAAGAUGACAUCAUAGGACUUACUCUUGUUUGUCUUUAUCUGCUUUCUCGAUAUACAUAUUGUCAAAGUCAAAUAUCCUUUGUGGUUCUAGCAAAAUGAUUCACAAUAUUUGAAUAUUUUUGAGGCUAUGAGAGAACAUUAAUGUAAUUGUUACCGUUGAAUUUAAAAAUCGCCGUCAAUUCAUCAUUCGAAUCCAAGAAUUCCUCUGAACUUUCUAUUAAUGUUCUUUUUUCAAUAUCAUACUCGUGAAAUUAAUAAUCUUUAAUAUUUCAGCUCGAUCCCCACAACACAAAAGUUGUGUCUUCCUGAAUUGGCUUUCUGUCCAUUAACAGAUGUUUAUCUAAUGUUCUUCUUAAGCUACCAAUGCAGUGCAGACAAUAUUUGUUGGAGUUAGUACGACGCUUCUCAUAUGAGGCUUCAGAGCAAGAAGUGUGCCAACUUCUGAAUCAAAUAUUUCGACACAGCAGAAACUCCCCACGCAUUCUUUAGAUAAAACAUCAGAUCUUUCGUAUAAAAUUUCGCUGUGCUUUACGCCUUGAGCAACUUAGUUGAGCAGCAGUGGUUUCAACGUUUGUUCAUCUCCACAGUUUUCCAUUCUUGUGGCCCAUAAUUUCUUUGGUUUUCUCAUCAAUAAUUUAUUUUUCUAAUCAUUGAUUCAUUGACCUUUUCUUUGAAACCAAAUUAGGAUUGAACGUGCUAGAAGAUUAUACAGCCAUCGAGAAGUCACCACCAUAACCUUUAUUUCCUUCAAGAAGGAUUGAACUUAUAUCUAAAUGCAUAUCUUCGACAUUAACCGAGUGGUAAGUUGUAAUUUAACAAAGGAACCGAUUAAUCGUAUGACUUUAUUUCAAUUAUUAUUUUGAAGUUAACUAUUGUUAUUCCCCAGGUAUAUUCGGAAAUAAGUGUUUUUAAUUUUUACAUUUAUUUUACUGAAAUUUUAUGAAAUACAUCAGAUAUUUUUUUAUCAUUUAGGUCAUUAUGAUAGACUUUUUCAAACAGUUGUCUUCGUCAAAUCUACACGCAAAAUUUCAGCAAAAUUCAUCGGCUUUACAUUGAGAACUAUGUCAGUCUAAUUAUUCUCUUUUGAGUUUUGUCGAAUGUUUUCAAAUCUCUGAUGUUUUAAGUGAGUCUUACUUUAGUAAUCCUUAUAUUCUACAUAUUUUUUUUUUAGGAAAUAGGGAUAGCAUUAUUUUACUAUUUUUUUUUUAAUAUCUUUAGUAUUUCCUAAUAGGUCGUUCAGGAACAACUACCUUCCAAUUUAUCUCAUCGAGCUAUAUUAGAGAAAAUGUCAAUUUUAUAGAAAAUAAAAAUCUUAAAAUUUAUCUUAUCAUUGUCAAUAUAAGUAUCAUUGAAUUAAUUUUCUAUUUCUGUCUACGCGUAUUGGUUAUUUCUUGAUCCAUGUUGGUAGGAACGGAUUUAACACGAACAAAUCGACAUUUAAUCAAAUUUUUAAUUGCGUCAAUUCUUUUAUUUGAAGCCUACUCUGAAUCCGACGCAAUCUAAGUUUUAUUUUCCGAAUAUACCUUGUGUAUUGAAUAAGUUUUAUAACGUUUUUAACUUCUAGGUGUUGUGAAAAAUCUGCAAAUGUUUGGAAAACCUUAAUAGAUAUUAGUAUACUAAGAUUUGAAAAAGAAGUGCCGGAGAAAUUUUAGGAACUACGGAACAGUUGGAACACUAUCUUCUAAUUUAUCUGUGAAAAGUGACUGACUUUGUUUUUCAUCUGUUUCUUCAGAUACUUUUGCCAAAUAACAUAUUGUGAUCUGAAUGAAAUUCAACUCAUAACGAAUUCCAAAACUUCGAAAUGGAGCACUUCUUAAUAAGAUAGGCACUGGAGAAAACUUUGAAUCGUAUAGUUUACGUCCGUCCUGCCUGUUCCUGUGAAAUUUUGGAAUAUACUCUAAAAGUGUUCAUCUUCAUUUGUUGAGGAAUUUUCAGCUUCUAUAUUUUGCAUAUCAGCUGUAUAUCACACACUUAGUUAUAGAGUAUUACAUUGAUUGAUUAAUAACAUAAAUAUUGUGACAAUGACAAAUUAUAGAAGAUUUAACAUAUUGUGCCGAAUCCCACAUAAAAGUCUUAAUAUAGCAGUGAAGACGUUAAGCUAACUUUUAAAAAUAAUCUAUAUUUAUUUCUCAAUACAGUGGAAACUAAGAUCGUGCAGUUUAGCGAAAACAGAUGGACACAGAACACAAGAAGAAUCAUUGUGUGUAAACGAGAGAAUAUUUUUAUAGCGUCCUAACAUGUGCAUGUUCCCAAAGAUAAACUUAACUUUUUCUACGAAUUCAAAAGUAUCUCGUAAUGGGAACUCUUUCAAUAAACCUUAAAAUUUGAGGCUGAUUAAUAAGUUUGUAUUGAUUGUACAUAUCGUCAUUUACGAACAUAAUGGGUAAGGUCCUUAAGCAGUAAUUAAGGCUCUUAUUAAAUUAGAUUGGGAUUCAAACUGCGCAGACGCUCAAUUAGCUUUGAAGGUGCGUUUUAUAUCGCAUAUUAUACUUGUACGGAAUUAGUAUACUAAUAUCUAUAGAUACAAUUAUGAAACCUUAUGAUUCUCUUAUAUAUAGUAUCUGAAACAUAAUUCACACUUAUUAAGAUUUUUGUUAUAUAGGUCCACUAAUAUCAGACUUCAUCUAUUCUAUAUUAAUUUUCAAAAUUUUAUUAAAUAAUUGCUAAAAGAGACAAUGUUCAAGAAAAAUAAAUGAUUUUCGAACCCAAUUUUGCAUAUACCAUUUCCCGUCUAAUUAACAUUUUUAUACUAUAAAGUACAAAAGUCUUGAGAAUAUUAUUACUAUUGCCAACGAUAAUAAUUUGUGAUAACUAAUCGUUUGUUUGUUGUGUUCACAGGUUUCCGUUUUUAGCUAGAGGAGCGCCUAUUUCAUGAAGGGCUUUUCUUGGCAAAUGGCACAGUUUAACCUCUGGCACAUCGCGACGCCACCAUUUUAGGAAAUUCGGCAGCAUCCACUUCUUAAAAUCUAACUGCAGACUCUUCUUAGCUCAAUAGGUUCAAAGUCUAUGAUUUCGAUUCAAUAUUUAAUUAUACUUAUUUGAUCAAGAGUGAUAUUUUGCAAAUAAGACUCACUCGUAACCGGGAAACGAAUUGUAUCCGGUAUAUCGCUAAUCGUUUUGAUUUUUAUGUCAAUUUAAAAUAAUUGAUCAAGCUAUAAACCAUUUCAAUAAUUCAGAAUCAUUAUAGAUUAAUAAUUGAAUGAUUGUAACUUGUCCAUGUAAAUUUUGCUGUAUAAAAAUAAAAAUUAAUCACAAUUACACUUAAAUACAUAUUAAGACAAUAAGCUUGUUAUUAAGGACUAUAAUAUUUCUCUGUGAGUCAUUAGUAUUGAAACAUUAACUGGUCGGAUCAAUAUUCAGAUAUAACGUUGUCAAUUUUCAUUAGUAAUCGCUAUUGUCUUCGCUCUAAGGAAUGUUUGUGAGGUAAAAGUGAACUGACGAAGGAAGGAAUUCGGAUGGGAUAACCUGUAAAAUAAUUGUAGUCUUUUUUGUAAAUACUUUUAUACGUUAAUAAUACUGUUUUUGUAAA